GUAUUCUUGCGUUUCCCCCCCUUACUACCCCGCUCUGAAACCUCGGCGUUCAAUCAUUUCUCAGAGCAUCUGACCUGCUGAGAUCCUCCAGCAUUUUGUUUGCGUUAAUCUAGCUCACUCCCUUACGCCUCCUCGUCACCACCUGAAAUUCUGCCAACAAAUAGUUGUGUCAUCACGGCGUGAAGGAUCAGAGAGUUGAGGGGCUGAAUGGGGCGGAAGGAUGGAGUGCAUUCUGCCCGAAAGUUAGGCUGCGCAGAUUAGCCCUGCCGCAGUUGAUCGGCUCGCUUGCUCUCAUGCACCAUAAAUGGUUCAAGGCUUUCCGGCUGCUCGAACACUUCGCAUCGUGACUUGCAGCGAAGUGCUGCCGGUCUGCGAGUGGUGAGACGAGCAGCGAACGGGGGAGUUGUCUGCUACUCGACGACCCGGGGCAGGAGAGGGAGCGAACCGGAGACUCGGAACAACACCCAGGGGUGGCGCGGGGGCGGAUUCGGGUCUUUGUCGGCAAGGUUAGCGCAGGCUUUAAGGGCAUCUGGGGGUCAAAGGGUGAGUGGGCGGACUCAAAGGGUGAGUGGGCAGAGGUGCAAGGGCUGGCAGUCGAAGGCUUGCUUCUUAAACAGCAUUCUUGUUCCAACGCGCCGGGAUCGAGCGGCUAAGCGGGAUCUUCCCAUGCACCACCAAUUUGGAUGAGAAACGUCUUAAAGCAUCAGGUUUAAAGACAAAGCACAAUGUCAUACGCGAGUGCUGAGUUAUACAAGUAUGUAAAGGAGAGAAUGCCAAGUUUCCUGCCGGUGAAUGUAACUGAGUUGCUACCAUAUCUGUCCUGCCUAACUCAGAUGGAUCAGGAGAGAAUCAGAGCACAAGUCAGAUUGGAAGGCAAUGAGUCUGCUGUGCCCAUAUUUCUGGAUUCUGUGAGACGAAGGCGGAACUGGGAAAGGCAGCUGAUAAAUGCCCUACGCAUGUGUGACUAUCAUGAGCUUGCAGAUGGUUUGGAAACUAAACUUGAAUCUCUAGCUCCGCGGAGGAGGUCAGCAUCUGGAGGCACAUCUGCACCUUUUCCUGCACCGGCUACACCUUACGACUCUUCAUCGACAGAUUUUGUCUCUCCUCCCAGACCUCAGUCCUCUGCCUCACUCCCAGCAGUUUUUGUUGGUGACAAUCAGCAGUCCACUUCCAGCAUUGCUCAAACGGCCAUCCAGCUGCAGCCCGCUGUGCAUGAUCGGCACUUAGCGUCUGACACACCUGUGCCAAGUGCACUGGUGCCACAGUCUGUGCCUGGCACACCCAUCAGUAAUGUACCUGCAGCUUAUUCCACCCCUGUGACACAGCCUGUCCCUUGCACACCCCUUAGUGAUAUACCUUCAGUUUAUUCCACCCCUGCGCCAGGCACACCCAACAGUAACCCAGCUUCAGUUUAUUCCACCCCUGUGCCACAGUCCGGGCUUGGCACACCCAUGGUUAAGGAUUCCAUGCAACCCCCAACUGUGCCACAAUCUGCACUUGACACUCAGGCACCUCACACGCCAGCACAGGGCACAUCCAUGCCACACAUUGUGCCCGGCACAUCCAGCCCCAUCCUACCUGUGGAGCAAUCCAUGUCCAGUACCACAGCACCAGGCCCUCAUGUGCCAUGCCUCACUGAUUUACCAGCUGCCAUUUCAAGCAGCUCUGGUGAAUCUUCCUCUCCCCCCUUGGUCCCUUCUGAUACAUCCCUUCAAGGUAAUUCCAUAGAGUGUAAAGUACCAGUCCAAGAAAUCGGAAACCCAUUGGACGGAGAAGAAAGCAAAGAUCACAGGCUACCCGUACAGGAUAGGUCAGUUCUUGACAGAUCAAAACAAAGUGAUUUUCCCCAGAGUCAACAGAAUCAGACCAAACAGUACCCUCAAGGUAACCUGGGUGAAAAAUGCCACGGAUAUGCUGCUAACCGAGCCAAAGGAGGAACAAUAUCCGAUGAAACCAACGUCAUUGUCCCUCCACCAUGCAUACAAGUGCAUCCGUCCAGACCAUCAGCGGAGCCAGUCGUCGAUAAACCCGGCGUAUUGAGGAGCGAUGUCUGGAACAUGGAAUCAACAGCUGAAUCGAGCUGUGAUUUCCCUGAAACCAGUUGUACAAUAACAAGUAGUGAUUUGCAGUACAGUGAAAGCACAACAAGCGACACAGAGAACAAUGGUUUGGACAGACCUGCAUCACCUAACAGUUAUCCAGUGUCCACGCCCGAACAUGGCGGCAUUUCCGACGACUUCGGUGAUAAAAACUCCAUCAAGGAGCAAAAGAUUCAGGCACUGCAAGGUUACCAGAAUGACCAACUGUUGGAGAAUUUUUAUGACAUUAACAAUCCCUUAAAUAUACAGAUGAACUUUGAUGCUCAGAAAAAAAUAGCUGCCUUGAAUGAGGGUGCAAGCCUUGAUGAAGAAGGCAUUUUGAACCAUACCUACAAUGCUAAAGUCCCUCUUCAGAAUAAGCCUAAUCCAGUAAGUAGCACUGAAGUUAUACAAAGCCCUGUACUUACAGUCUCACACCCUGUUGAUGGUGCGGAUGACUGUAAACUUGAUUUCGAGGGAAACGUGCCUGAUAGCAGUUGUGUUUCGAUAUCCGAAAGUGAGCUAAUGAUAAGUUCUGAAUCCAGUGAUGGCUCUUUUGAGAACAGUCUUGGAAUAACCGACAGUGAGUCAAGUGUGCAUGUCCCAGCGUGGAGUGAUGAUGCAGAUGUACUCGCGCAGAAUCAAGCACUUCAGCAGGAGUACAAAGUAGAACGUGGUGAAGUCAGAUUUACAGAUGUAGUAUCCAGUAAAGGGUCAAGCCAAAAAGUUGAGGUUGCAAAGGGAGGAGAUUCAUUCCAUACACAUUGUGAAGUGGGCCAUGAUAAGCCUUACUCUAAUACUAAUGGAAACUACACUCUUCCUUAUAAUGAAGAUGUCAGGGAAUAUAGUGGGCACAUUUAUCAGGAACCUGAACAUGAAAAUGAAGCAGGCAAUGAUCAUGGAUCUGAAGCAGGGAACUUGGGAGGAUGUAUUGGGCGUUGUUUGGAAAAAGACAUGAUUAAUGCUUUGUCCGACGAGCACGUUCCUUUACCCUCUCAACAGAGGUCGCAGACCAAGUUGCCAGAAAAGCCAACUAGGGAUUUAAGACAGCCAGAUUAUAUUCUUGUUUCCUCAUUAGUUCUGGUUUUUACCAUUGUUGCUGGGUUUGUAUGGAAAUACUGUCGAAAGUGAUGCUUGAAAGAUUGCUUUAAAAAAAUCAUCUGUUUAAAAUAGGAUUUCAGUUUAAGUAAUGAAAAUAAGUUGCUUUCUUCUCUGCUGAAAUUGCUUGGGCAUAUUUUGUAACUUGUUGCAUAUUCACUGUAAACUACUGUUGAAACUCUUUCAAGAUAACUGGGUUUGAUUGACUUCAAAAUAGUUAAGCAAGUGCCUGUGUUGUGUUUCACAACCAGCCCUUCAUAAAAGCAAAGGCUACUCUAUGUACAGCAAUAAAACAAAAAUCUUACCUUGUUAGAUAUUAGAAUUCAAACUGGUAUACAUCCUUUCUCCAAAUCCCAUUUAAAUUGCUUGAAUCUAUAAAGUUAAAGAUUAGCUUUAUUUGUCGCAUGUACUUGAAAACAUACUGUGAAAUGCAUCAUUCGUGUCAAUGGCCAGCACAGUUCCAGGACGUGCUGGGGGCAGCCCGCAAGUGUCACCAAUAUAGCAUGCCCACAGCUUACUAACUCUUCGGAAAGUGAGAGGAAACUGCAGAACCUGAAGAGGCCCACCUGGUCACAGAGAGAACAAGUUAUAGUCAGCAGCGGAAUCGAGCCCUGGUUGUUGGCAACGUAACAGUAUUAGCGCAAUGCUACCAUGCCACCCUUUGGUGAAGGGCUUGGGGAUAAUCACAGUUUGUUUCACCAAAACCUUGAAGUUGAAGUUUUCCUGUGGUGCUUCGUCCUUCUGAAUCCAGCCUGGUUCUUUCAGCACAGCCACUCUGCGAGGCUUGAGCCCGCUGACUUACUUUUAGAAUUACACACACAAAAUGCUGGUGGAACACAGCAGGUCAGGCAGCAUCUAUA